AUGCAAUUCCAGAGGAACCAAUUGAAGAAUGUAAUAAAUCAACUACAACCACUGCAAUUAAGAUCAUCUUCUUCAUCUUCUUCAUCUUCUUCAUCUUCUUCAACAACAACAAAAACAACAACAUCACCACAACAACAACAAUUAGAUUCGCCAUUAUCAUUACCAGUUAAUAUUAUUAAUAUGCCAAUGGAUGAUGAUGAACUUAUUAGUGAUGGUACAAUAAGUGUUAAAGAAUCAUCAAGAGAAUCAUUAUUGGCUACAAUUAUUGAUAAUUCAACAUUAUCAACAACACCAUCACCAUCUCCAAAAUUACCAACUCUUGAAAUUUCUGGUGGUUCUGCUAAAGAAAUUUGGACUAAAAUUGAUCAAAAUACUGCACCAUCAACUCCAUCUAAAAUUUUACCAAAAAGAUUACCUUCUCAAUCAAAUCUUAAUAUUAAUAAUAAUAAUAAUAAUAAUAAUAAUAAUAAUAAUAAUAAUAAUAAUAAUAAUAAUAAUAAUAAUAAUAAUAAUAAUGAAUAA